CGCCCGCAGAGGGCCAGGUCCGGGGACCGCCGCGCCCUGCGCCAUGGACCCGUUCCUGGUGCUGCUGCACUCGGUGUCGGCCAGCCUGUCGAGCGGCGAGCUGACGGAGCUCAAGUUCCUGUGCCAGGGCCGCGUGGGCAAGAGGAAGCUGGAGCGCGUGCAGAGCGGCGUCGACCUCUUCUCCGUGCUGCUCGAGCAGAACGAGCUGGACCCGCACCACACCGAGCUGCUGCGCGAGCUGCUCACGUCCCUGCGGCGCCAGGACCUGCUGCGGCUCAUUUUCUCUCGCCCCCUGCCCCCCCGCCCAGACCUGUAUGCGGCAUUCGACAUCAUAUGUGAUCACGUGGGGAAAGACUGGAGAAGACUGGCCCGUCAGCUGAAAGUGUCUGACAGCAAGAUCGACGCCAUCGAGAUGAAGUACCCCCGCAACCUGACGGAGCAGGUGAGGGAGUCGCUGAGAGUCUGGAAGAGCAGCCGGCGGGAGGACGCGGCGGUGUCCCAGCUGGUGGAGGCGCUGCGGGCCUGCCGGCUCAACCUGGUGGCGGACCACGUCGAGGAGGCGCAGCAGGCCCGGGGCCUCCAGAGCGAGAGCGAGAGUGCCAGCGGCUCUGUGUCCCCAGUGUCCUGGGGCUCGGACGCCCCCGCCUCCAGAGCCUGCUGAUGGCCCGAUGCUCUUUCCCGGGGACCGGAGGGCAUCGGGCAGUCUGAACUUCAGGUCCCUCUGCCACGGGAACCAGAUGCUUCCCGCGCGCCACCACUGUGAGGACCAGCAGUGAGCCAGAGAAGGGACCCCAGCGUGCACAGCCACAGAGCCCGGCCACAGAGCUGUGUCUCAGAGCUGGUGGUGACUGAGCCUUGCUCCGUGCUGGGCGGGGCCUCGGCCACUGCAGAGACUUCCGUGCUCCUUGUGAGCGCUCUCCUCAGGGCACUCUGGUGUCCCCGUUAAAUGAGUUCCCAUGGAGGAGGUUCGUAGACCCGUAUCCGUCACAAACAAGGAAUCCGUCAGAAAAUCGGCCUCAUCGCAUUAUGAUUCUGCAGGACAGGAAGUGAGCGCAGAGCUGGGAGCUGGAUGCACGCGUCCCCCGGGGCCAGAGCCCGCACGAGGUCGUUCUGCCAGCCCCACAGUCGGCCAGGGGCUUUGAGGCCAUCGGCAUAGACCGCGUACCUGGGCAGGUGGCACGGGGUGGGGCGCCGGGGGACACACACACCCAGCUGCAUCUCUCGGCCCUUGAGUGAGUUGGGAGUCCUGGAGGAAUGCCCGUUGCGUGCUCCGAAGUGACCGCAACGCAGCAGCGCUCUGUACGGGCUCAUUCCCAGGCGUUGCAGCUCCUGCGCUUGCCCAGCGCGCUCCUGUCCUACAUCGAAAUCACUACUCUAAUAACAACGGGCAAAGGUACUGGAUCUCGUCAUUUUAAAAGGCAAUCUUCUUCCCUGCUUCUAACUGACCCUAUUAAAUGCUUUUUCAGCAGAAACCUUGUCACAGAAUUUUUCCAGUUCCUUUGGUGACGGUCUCACGUCACAUAUUCUCAAAAGUCCCAUCGCAGCUGAUCGUGGGCUCCGCCUGUGACUAAGUGGUUGGAUUUCAUGACAGCUGCGCUGACCGCUGGUGGGGGGCUGUCGCCCUCGUUAACCACUGUCUGCCAGAGGGCCGCUUUCACCCACUUGGGCCCUGCAGACCUCCAAGAGGCAUUGGAGCCAAGUGGCUGUCCCUUGUCUGGACCUUCCAGCUACGACUUUGCCACAUGUGAUGGAUAUCAUGCUGUGCCGCCUUGACCUUGCCUAAGAUCCUAGCACACUGUCCCCGCUAAGCUAUGGCAUGGCCCUUGAUCCCUUCCACACCUUCAGCUGACACUGCCUGCUGCCAGGCAUGGCUGGCAGCUGGGGCCAGAGCAGCACGCGGCACAGACGGGGCACUGCUCAGUUGACCUCGAAAGCCUGGCCUGGAACACAAGUGUAACCGGUUCGUCACGGGUUUGGGGUGCUGCCAGUCACGGUGUGGCCUGACCUUGUGCUUGCAGAACACGUCCCCACCCGUAGGCAGCACCUGCCUCUUCCGGCUUUGGGUCAGGGCUGAUUCUGUGGAUGACACACAUCACCAUCCGUAAGUGUGAGUCGCUUGGUGAAUGGGUAGCUUUGAGAAUUAGGGUUUCUGGGAAACGUGCCUGUGUUUCUCAAGCAGAGGCAGAUUGCAGAGGUUCCGGCUCUCCCUUAUGGUUUGUGGCGAACACUGCUAAAGUGUAGGAGUUCCUGGCGCCCUGCCAGCGCCUUCCCUGCCACCACAUGCUAGUCACACCUGGAGGGUCCCCCGACCUCCGUCACCCAGGUGCUCUUACGGGCUUCGACGUGCUAACCCACGCCAGGUCAGCCGUUGCCUGGGAGCACUGGACAGGGCUCAGGCCCACAGGCGGUGAGGCGCGGGGUCUGCCUGGGCACCCACCCCAGGGUGUCCUGUGAACGGGCCUGCUGUCAGUGUGGUGGCUCAGACUUUGGAGCAGCCUCGCGUGACCCGCCCUGUGACCUGAUCUCACCGGCACAAGGCUUGGACCUGAGUUGGAAGACAGGAAAGAUGAUGAGCGAGAGAGAUAUAUAUGAUGGACGUCUAACCAGAGUUAGGACCUUGAGGACACAGGCAGCUACCCCAGCCCUAAGUAGGCAGCUGCUAUAAUUUUUGGACAAGGAUUUCUUAUAAGGACUUCACAAAAAAAAAUCCUUGUUCCUCUCUAUUUUUUUACAGUCAUGUAAAAUUUAUAUUUCUGAUAAAGGUACAGGCAAGUCACGUGGUUUACUUGAAAGCCAAAGAGCCUCAUUUUAGUCUCUUGAUCCUUUUCCUCUGAGAAAGAGAUGCGUUUUGAGGAACGUUCCAGGCCAGCAAAGGCGGAUUUGACCAAGCGCUUGCAGGAGCACAGGGUCAGCCCCAUGUCUCCUGGCCCUGCAAGUUUCAUACGUGCACACGCGUGCGCGCGUGCGUGGCCAUCCUUCCGCCCCUCUUCGGGCCGCAGCCGGCCUGGGCCCUGGACAGGGACACACAGCCUACCUCCAGGGUCCCCAGCCACUCCGAACUCUUCCGUUGGGGACAGGGGGUCGUGGCAGGCCCUCAUCCAUCCUUUUCUCUCCCCACUCACCUGGAUCCACAUCCGCUGCAUCCUCCUCCCAAGACCACCGCCCCCAAACUACGCUUGGUGAGGUCACAGGUUGCCAGACCCGUUGUAUCCAUGUCCUGUCAUGCUCAGCUUCAGGGCGUGCAACACCUCCUGACCACCCUCCGUGAAUCCCCCUGGUCGUCCUCCCUCCUGUGACCACUCCUCCGGUCCCAGGUGUCUCCCACGUCUCUCCCCGAGGCACCAGACCCAUAUUGUCAGCCACCAAGGGGCGAUGCCUUUUGCCAUGCAAGGGAAGGUAGUCACAGAUUCUGGGGAUUAGGACGGGGUACCCAAGGGGGCAGGCAUUCUGCCUACCACAGACCUCAAACUCGGCACCCCCCACCCCGUUUCUGCCCAGUUCCAUGCCUGGCACCACUCUACCCAGCGACCUAAGGUGCAGACUGAGCCCCCUCCAACCUGGGGCUCACUCCCCCGUGUAUACUUGAGCACCAGCCCCUCUGGACUACCUCCACCCCCUCCUCCUGCCCCCCACCCCCAGCGAGCCUCCAGCCCCUUGGGACAGCUCCUCCCACCCGCAGACCCCGGACUGUAUUUUUAGAAACCACGAGCUCUCUACACAUAUCUUUUAGUUUCGUGUUUUUAUUUCCAUGAUGACUUCUGAGUCAUCUUGCUGACUGCUCGCUAGCCACAGGAUUGCUGUGUGCAUCGCAUCUGGGACUGGACAGGCAAGCACGCCGGGGUCGCGUGUACUCAUGCAGGAGCAGCCUGUCACCCUCCAUCUGCUGAUACAAAGGCAGAACUUGUCUUUUAAAGGGAAAAUUUGCAAUUGAAAUCCAUUUCCAUCAAAGCAGCCCUCAGUUUUUAAGUCUGAGUAAAGACACUGGCAAGAGUCACACAUGCACACCAACCACAUUAGUCGUCACCAGGGGACAGAGGCCGAUUCAGCGGGCGAGUGGAGUCCUCACCGAGUGAGAGCACGUGACGUGGGUGCAGCUCUCCCGGUGUGGGUCGAAGAGAGAAGCCGCAGACCCCGGGGCACAGGCCUCCCGACCUCCCAAACCCGCAAUGACAGCGUAGACUCCAAGUGAGACUUUCACCAAACAUCACGUGUUGUUUGAUGGGACAGAGCCAUUGUUUGGAGAGGUGACAAAGCGCUGGGGCUGGAUGGUGGCGAUGGUCACGCAGCAUUGUAAACGUGCUCGGUGACACUUAAAAAUCGUUAAAAGGGUAAAUCUUAUGUAUACUUUACCACAAUUAAAAAAUCAUACUUCACACGAAA